GGGACCGGCCGCGCUCCGGCCCCGGCGCUGCUGCGAUCGCCCCGCGAAUCGCGGCUUUCCCCCUUCCUUCCUUCCCUCCUUCCUUCCUUCUUCCUGGAUUGGGCAGCGAUCAAUCCUUCUCCCCGUUGUCUGUUUGAGGAACAGGUGAUCCUCGUUAGCGGAGAUCUGUUUCUGGAUGCGGCUCCCUCGUGUGCGUGUGAAGGAUGAUGAUACCCGGCGAGGCUGAAUCAGCGUAACUUUCACUUGGCAAGAGGAAAAACUUACUUCCCCGCUUGAAGGCGUUAAAAACACGAAGCGUUAAAAAGCAGAAGAAGUUGGUUUUAAAGCUGAACUUCAUUUUCCUGGGAUUUGUGUGUCAGAUUCAAAGGCUGCGUCGACUUGUUUUGCUUUAUUUUCCUUCUCCCUUAUCUCCCAAAAGGAAACUGUUGCUAGUUUGCAUAGACUUUUUAAAUGUUUGGAAUUCAAGAUACUUUAGGAAGAGGACCAAUUCUGAAAGAUAAAUCUCUAGGUUCUGAGAUGGAUUCCGUCAGGUCCUGGGUCAGAAACGUUGGGGUUGUGGAUGCAAACGUAGCAGCACAAAGCGGAGUAGCUUUGUCCAGAGCCCACUUUGAAAAGCAGCCACCCUCCAACUUGAGGAAAUCCAAUUUCUUUCACUUUGUUCUGGCUCUCUACGACAGACAGGGGCAGCCCGUGGAAAUAGAGAGGACAGCUUUUGUGGACUUUGUAGAAAAUGAUAAAGAGCAAGGCAACGAGAAGACGAACAAUGGCACGCACUACAAACUCCAGCUGCUCUACAGCAACGGUGUCAGGACAGAACAGGAUCUCUAUGUGAGGCUCAUUGAUUCUGUCACCAAGCAGCCCAUAACUUACGAAGGGCAGAACAAGAACCCAGAGAUGUGCAGAGUGCUGCUCACCCACGAAGUCAUGUGCAGUCGGUGCUGUGAGAAGAAAAGCUGUGGCAACAGAAAUGAGACUCCAUCUGACCCUGUGAUCAUUGACAGAUUCUUCCUAAAAUUUUUUCUCAAGUGCAAUCAGAAUUGCUUGAAAACAGCAGGAAACCCAAGAGAUAUGAGACGGUUCCAGGUGGUGCUAUCAACAACAGUGAACGUGGAUGGGCACGUGCUGGCAGUGUCUGACAACAUGUUCGUGCACAACAACUCCAAGCACGGGCGGAGAGCAAGAAGACUCGACCCCUCAGAAGCCACGCCCUGCAUCAAAGCCAUCAGCCCAAGCGAGGGCUGGACCACGGGGGGAGCCAUGGUGAUCAUCAUCGGGGACAACUUCUUCGAUGGGCUGCAGGUGGUGUUUGGGACCAUGCUGGUGUGGAGUGAGCUGAUCACACCUCACGCCAUCCGCGUGCAGACGCCGCCCCGGCACAUCCCCGGCGUGGUGGAGGUGACAUUGUCCUACAAAUCCAAACAGUUCUGCAAAGGAGCACCAGGCAGGUUCAUUUACACAGCUUUAAAUGAACCUACCAUAGAUUACGGCUUCCAAAGACUGCAGAAGGUCAUCCCAAGACAUCCUGGGGACCCUGAAAGAUUAGCUAAGGAGAUGCUGCUGAAAAGAGCUGCUGACCUGGUCGAGGCCCUGUACGGGACGCCCCACAACAACCAGGAGCUGAUCCUGAAGCGCGCGGCCGACAUUGCCGAGGCGCUGUACAGCGUGCCCCGCAACCCCGCGCAGAUCCCCGCGCUGCCCAGCUCCCCCGCCCACAGCUCCAUGAUGGGCAUCAACUCCUACGGCAGCCAGCUGGGCGUCAGCAUCUCCGAGUCAGCACAGGGCAACAACCAGGGUUACAUCCGUAACACCAGCAGCAUCUCCCCCCGGGGCUACUCGUCCAGCUCCACCCCGCAGCAGUCCAGCUACAGCACGUCCAGCAGCAGCAUGAACGGCUACAGCAACGUGCCCAUGGGCAACCUGGGCGUGCCCGGCUCGCCCGGCUUCAUCAACGGCUCCCCGAGCGGCUCGCCCUACGGAUUGAUGUCUUCAAGUCCAACAGUCGGCUCCUCCAGCACUUCUUCCAUCCUCCCGUUCUCCUCCUCGGUGUUCCCUGCAGUCAAACAGAAGAGUGCCUUUGCUCCUGUCAUCAGACCCCAGGGCUCCCCCUCCCCUGCCUGCUCCAGCGGCAACGGGAACGGCUUCAGAGCACAAAACUACUUAUUGUGAUGGACCACUAAAAAGAAAAAAAAUAGCACUAAAAGCUCUUUUUUGGGGAAAAGCCAGGCCCAGGAAAAAAAAGGAACAUUUUUUAUGGAUUGGACGAGAUAGAAGUCUGCAUCAUUUUCCUGUUUCAUAUUUCUGACACAACCACAUCAACUCCUCAGACAUUGGGAAUGAAGAAUCAGCAAGAGCCAGGAUGAACAAGAGUUGGCAGAAUGGAAUUAGAAAUGCAAAGUCUUUCCUGGAAGACAUGAAAACCUUCCUAAGAUUUGUAAAAUAUUCAAAGGAAAAAAAGAAAUUGGCAAAAUGAUUCAAGGUUGAUAUUUUGGAUACAAUUUGUUUUACUUUGUAGGGGUAAAAAAGUUGAAGUUUCUAUUUUCUAUGGAGCCUUUCAGAUAUCGAUUUACUUUAUGCAGAAAAACAAUUCAACAAAACAGGGUACCAGCAUGAAAGAAUUUCUAGGACAAACUGACAUGAAUGAUGGAACUUUGGUGUAUGUGUGUAUUUGCUUAUAGUUUAACCUCUUUAAAAAAUGUAAGAUGUUUUACAAUUAUUUAAAUAAAUAAACUUGUAACUUAUUGUAUGUAGAGGUAGAAAUUAAACCCUGUUUUGGAUUUUUUCCUCCAGUUGUACAAUGAAGACAGAUGAUGCAAAAAUGUAGUGAUAAGUUUGAGAUAUAUUAUUACUGCUGCAAUUGCUCCUCACUUCCCCCUCCCUUACUGAAUUCAUGUGCAAGGAUGUAUAGGAUUCUUUCUGAUUAACAAAACCCUCAGAAACUUUCACCUACAUUGUGGUAAACAGCUCAUGUAGGAAUUUUUUCACCCUCCUCAUCUUUCCCCUCUUUCCAUUUUUUGCUUCAAUUAAAAUAUUCAGGUACUAAGAUUAACUGCUAAGUCUCAAAGACCCAGCCGAUGAGUGAGUGGCACUUAGGGAUUUGAAUGAAUCAGAUUUUUCAUGAGGUACUGAGUUUAUUUUAUAGAUUCAAUGUAUGAAUUAGGAGGGGAAGGGUUCUCUGGGGUUUUCCAUGUAGUUAGAACACCUUAAGUUCAGUUAUGCUUCAUAUUAAGGGUGCAUUUAUAAAGGGUGAACAUGUAUUUGAAUGAUUUAUGCACU